UAACUUCUCAUCAAUUCAGAAAAAAUGGCGUCAAAACGAGUAAUUGUUGAAACAGAAAACGCUGCUGCUCCAGUCGGACCUUACAGUCAGGCUGUUGUUGUUGAUAAAACUAUGUAUAUAUCUGGAACGCUGGGGGUAGAUCCAAAAACUAAAGAACUAGUGCCUGGUGGAACAGUGACCCAGGCUAAGAUGGCUCUCACCAACAUAGAAGAGAUACUACGCAGUGUAAAAGGAACAAUGAACAAUAUUGUAAAGAUAACAGUUUUAAUGGUUGACAUUAAUGAGUUUGCCGGAGUAAAUGAUGUCUACAAGACAUUCUUCCAGUCAAACUUCCCAGCCAGAGCAGCUUACCAGGUUGCAGCUCUUCCUAAGGGAGCCAGGAUCGAAAUAGAAGCCAUUGCAGUUCUUGGAGAUAUUGAUGAUUAUGAACUAGCUUAAAAAAUUUUAAAUGAACAAUUUGAAUAUUAAUGUAUCUUCAAAUGAUCUUUUUCUUAAUUUUUGAUAUUCAUUGAUUAAUUUGAAAAAUGUGAUUUGCGAAGAAACUGAUAAUUCGCGUCAAACUGUAAAUUUUUUAUCCGUUUAUCUUUGCCCCUUGAUGUCAUUGACCUUUCAUAUAUAAUUGUUCUAUAGAUCAAUGGUUAAAGUUUAAAAAUCAGAAUUGAGGCAAAUUGCCCGAACUCUAAUUUCCGAAUCCCAAUAUCUGUGCAAACUGGUACUGUCCAGUCUGGACGAUAUAGUUUAAAGUCAACCCACCACGUUUUAUACAACAGAUGUAGCCUGGCAAGAUCUCUGUAAUGUACAGUUUACUAAUAAUAGAUAUUGUUAACCAUGUAUUUUAUCCUUUUCAAUAAAGUUUGUAAGAAGAAUA